AUGGAGGCCACGUCCCGGGAGGCGGCGCCAGCGAAGAGCUCGGCCUCAGAGCCCCAGUGCUCCUCCUGCCCUGUUCGAGCUGUGCGGGCGGGCAGUGAGCGCCCAUAUGGGGGUCCUGGAGAGUGGGGUGCAGAGUCUGAAGACCUGUAUGACUUUGUUUUUAUUGUGGCUGGUGAGAAAGAGGAUGGUGAAGAAAUGGAGAUUGGGGAAGUAGCUUGUGGAGCUCUGGAUGGAUCAGAUCCCAGCUGUUUGGGGCUCCCAGCACUAGAGGCAUCCCAGAGAUUCCACAGCAUUUCCACCUUGGAGCUGUUCACAGUUCCUCUCUCCACAGAGGCAGCACUGACACUGUGCCAUCUUCUGAGUUCCUGGGUAUCACUGGAGAGCCUUACACUUUCCUACAAUGGUCUGGGCUCCAAUAUCUUCCGCCUCCUAGAUAGCCUACGGGCCCUGUCAGGCCAGACUGGAUGUCGCCUCCGUGCCCUACAUCUCAGUGACCUUUUCUCACCACUGCCCAUCCUGGAAUUGACCCGUGCCAUUGUGCGAGCCUUGCCCCUGUUGCGGGUCCUGUCUAUCCGUGUUGACCACCCAAGCCAGAGGGACAACCCUGUUGUACCAGAGAAUGCUGGGCCCCCUGGACACAUAAUUGGGGAUGAAGAAAUACCAGAAAACUGCCUAGAGCAGCUGGAAAUGGGAUUUCCACGCGGAGCCCAGCCAGCUCCACUGCUCUGCUCAGUUCUCAAGGCCUCAGGUUCUCCACAGCAGCUGUCACUGGACAGUGCCACCUAUGCCUCGCCUCAAGAUUUUGGGCUUGUGUUGCAAACACUCAAAGAAUACAACCUAUCUCUGAAGAGGCUGAGUUUCCAUGAUAUGAAUCUUGCAGACUGUCAGAGUGAGGUGCUCUUUUUGCUAAAGAAUCUGACCCUUCAAGAGAUUACCUUCUCCUUCUGUCGUCUGUUUGAGAAGUGCCCAGCCCAAUUUCUUCCUGAGAUGAACCAUACCUUUACCACAUCAGUCACUACUGCAGCUCACAAGAUUCACAGCUGCAUAAGACUGGAGAUGACUUUUCUGUGCCAGCAGGCUGUGGAGCACCUUCUGGUACUCGAACAGUGA